GGGCCUGCAGGCUGCAAAUAGCCAUUCCGCGCUUCCCUUUUACUCGCUCGCGCGGUCUCUUGCGCGCGCUUCUCGUCACUGUUGAAGAUGACGAGCCGUUCGAUCUUCGCGUCCUUUCUAAUCUCCGUGAUAAUAUUGCAGGUAUUAGUAGCUGCAGUAGUGGGAGCUGGUUGGGGCAGCCGCAAAAGUGGGAAAUCUUCUGCUUUCUCCUUAUUUAACAUCAGAGCGAAGAGCAAAUUUUGGAACGAAGCUGUGAUUCAUGGUGAUUUUGAUGAUUUGGGAAGUGUGGAGUCUUCGAGCUCCAGCAAGAUGGGUCUACUUAACUACACAAAAUCAGGAAGCAUUGCAAACUACUUGAAGCUUUCGGAAAUUGAAUCCUUGUAUCUUCCCAUCCCUGUGAAUUUCAUUUUCAUAGGGUUUGAUGGGAAGGGAAACCAUGAAUUCAAGCUUGGUCCUGAAGAGAUAGAAAGGUGGUUUACAAAAAUUGAUCAUGUUUUUGAGCAUACUCGAGUUCCACAGAUUGAGGAGCCUUCAAAUGCUUUUUCUAAGUCCAGCUUAGAGGGAAAAUCAAGCCACCAUCUCCCCCUUUUUAGUCAUGUAAAUUACAAUUUCUCUGUCCAUGCUAUACAAAUGGGAGAGAAAGUCACUUCUGUGUUUGAGCAUGCCAUAGAAGUUCUGUCUCGUAAAGAUAAUGUAUCAGAUACCAGGGAUGAUGAUCAAGUCCUUUGGCAAGUUGAUAUGGAUGUCAUGGACUAUCUUUUCACAAGUUUAAUUGAUUACCUUGAACUUAGAAAUGCUUAUAACAUUUUUGUUUUGAACCCCAAGCGCAACAUGAAAAGAGUUCGCUAUGGCUAUAGAAGAGGACUAUCAGAGUCAGAAAUAGAUCUUCUUAAGGAGAAUGUGGAUUUGCGUUCUAGGAUUCUGCAAUCAGAAAAGUCAUGGGGAAAUCUUUUUGAUUUUGAUAAGGGAAAGAGACCACUUUAUGGGAAGCAUCCUAUGCUAAAGUUUGCAUGGACUACAACAGAAGAUGUUGACACUGUUGAAUGGUCAAAUGCUUGUUCAGAUGUUUUAAAAAGUAUGGAGCAGUUAUACCAAGGAAAGGAUGCUGCUUCUCUAGUCCACAACAUUGGUCAAAGGAUACUGCAUGGUUCAAAUGUGGAUCUGAGGCUUCUGUUUAAGAAGGAACUUAAAUCUGGAGAACUUGAUGGUCUUCAUCCUGAAUGUCUCACUGAUACAUGGAUAGGAAGAGACAGAUGGGCAUUUGUAGAUCUGAGUGCUGGGCCUUUUACAUGGGGUCCUGCUGUUGGUGGACUGGGUGUUCGUACAGAACUUAGUUUGCCAAAUGUUGGGACAACCGUAGGUGCUGUUGCAGAGAUAACUGAAACAGAAGCAGAAAAUAAGCUACAAGAUGCAAUUCAGGAGAGAUUUGCAGUGUUCGGUGAUCAAGAACAUCAAGCUAUUGACGUCCUUUUAGCAGAGAUUGAUAUAUAUGAGCUGUUUGCCUUCAAACACUGUAGGGGAAGGAAAAGUAAACUUGCCCUCUGUGAAGAGCUUGAAGAGAGGAUGCGUGACCUAAAAAAUGAGCUGCGAGGUUUUGAAGGUGAGGAAUACGAUGAGAGCCAUAAGAAAAAGGCUAUUGAAGCAUUAAAACGAAUGGAGAACUGGAAUCUAUUUAGCGAAACACCAGAGGAGUUUCAUAAUUACACUGUUGCAAGGGAUACUUUUCUUGCUCAUCUUGGUGCUACCCUGUGGGGUUCCAUGAGACAUGUUAUCUCACCUUCGACUGCCGAUGGAGCAUAUCAUCACUAUGAGAAGAUAUCUUUUCAACUUUAUUUCAUCACUCAAGAGAAGGUAUCACGGAUAGAGAAACUGCCAGUAGAUCUUCGGUCUAUAAUGGAUGGUCUCUCAUCUUUGUUAUUGCCUUCUCAGGCUCCUCAGUUUAGUCCACAUAUGUUGACUCUCUCAGAUGAUCCUGCUUUAGCAAUGGCUUUCUCUGUUGCACGACGUGCAGCUGCUGUCCCAUUGUUGCUUGUGAAUGGAACCUACAGAUCAACAGUUCGAUCCUAUCUUGACUCCUCAAUUCUUCAGCAUCAGUUGAGGAGUUUAAAUGGACAUGGCACAUUUGAGAAACAUCCCUAUAGCAAAACUACUAUUGAAGUUCCUAUAUUCUGGUUUAUACACAACGAUCCACUGUUAGUGGACAAGCACUAUCUGGCAAAGGCACUUUCUGACAUGGUCAUAGUUGUACAGUCAAGUUCUGCAUCUUGGGAGAGCCAUCUUCAGUGUAAUGGACAAUCUCUUUUAUGGGAUUUAAGACUGCCUAUUAAAGCGGCUUUAGCUGCCACUGCUGAACAUCUAGCUGGAUUGCUUCCUCUCCACCUGGUUUACAGCCAUGCUCAUGAAAGUGCGAUUGAGGAUUGGAUAUGGUCUGUUGGAUGCAAUCCUUAUUCAAUUACUUCUCAAGGCUGGCUUGCUUCACAUUUCCAAUCAGAUACAAUUGCUAGGAGCUAUAUUGUGACUGCUUUGGAUGAGUCACUGCAGCUAAUUAACUCAGCCAUCCGUCUCCUUAUCAUGGAGAGGACAACUGCCCAAUCCUUUAAGCUCUUCAAAUCACAGGAGCAGAACUUGGUAUACAAGUAUAACUCUGUCAUUAGCUUUUGGAGACGAAUUGCAACUGCUACUGGUGAUUUGCGGUAUCGGGAUGCAGUGAAUCUCCUGUCCCUGCUCGAGGGUGCAUCUAGAGGGUUUAUGGAAGCAGCAAAUGCUACUAUUGCAGCGUUGCAUCCAAUCCACUGCACGAAGCAACGAAAUGUGCAUGUUGAAGUUGAUGCAUCCACAGUUCCUGCAUUUUUGGUUGUUCUUGCGGUGCUGUGGUUUGUCCUUAGACCAAGGAAGCCCAAGGCAAAGAUCAACUGAGGUCAAUUUUGAGCAAGGCACAGCUUAAGCUUGUGAUGAUGAUCAAUGGUGAAGCCUGGCUUGAAACGUUGUGCAGCCUGUAUCUCUUCAUGUCCUUAGGAAAGGAAUCUGUCAACCUUGGUCAUCUAUUGGUUGUAAAAGGUAUUGAUCUAUGUUUAAAGAAUGUACAACACUGCAUUCUCUAAUCACGGAAUUUCGGUUGUCAAAAUAGCAGUUCUGUGCAGAUCAUCAGAAUGGUUGAUAGGGUAAAGAUUUUGAUUCUUUUGUAGUUUGCAUAACUCUACCAAACUCUUAACCAGAAUUUUGAAUGCCAGAAAAGGUUACUUACUGUUC